GACUUGUUACGAUCAGUUGGCUGUGGACUACCGACGGGAUCGGUUGGAAAAUUUAGCCCGUGCUCAAUAAUCGUGGCAUUUUUUUAAACAUAGAAAAAAGAACUUAGAAUUUUUUUCAAUUAAAGUGGCUAAAGUUAAAGUGUUUAGCAUACAGUUGUUUUUUUGCUAAAAAGAUUGUUCCAGCAUAAGUGAUCACGAUCACAGUGAUCAAAUCAAUUUUGACGAGUUUUUGAACGUUUUGUGAAAAGGCCGUCGACGGCCUGGGGUACAAAUCUAUCAAACAUGGAUACCCCAAUUUUUAGAUUGGCAACUAUUUGCCUAUUAAGCUCGAUUCUGAUAAUAGAAACACAUGCGCAAUUUUGGAACGAUGCUGCUCCGUCAGGUGGUGCUAGACUAUGGCCACAACGAUAUAAUGUAGAACCACCAGCUCAACGCAUCGAUAGCAGUUAUGAUAUUGUUGAAAAUCCGAAUGCACCAAAGAAGAAUUGCACGGCUUCCGGAGGGAAUUGUAUUCCAAAAUGUUUCGCUGAAAAAGGAAAUCGCGGUUUUCCAGGCAUCCCUGGAUUGCCGGGUGCAAAAGGCAUACAAGGUUUUAGCGGCAAUGAAGGACUACCAGGCUCUAAAGGUAGCAAGGGUGAAUCUGGUUUAACAGGCCCCCGUGGACCAAAAGGUGAUCGCGGAAAAUCUGGUAUUCCAGGCUUUCCAGGUAUCGGUGGUUUGCCCGGAAUCAUGGGUAAUCCCGGAGCGCCGGGAAUUCCUGGUGUCGAUGGUUGUAAUGGUACCGACGGUUUACCGGGUAUUGCUGGUUUAAAUGGUGUUCCCGGCCCACGCGGAUUCCCUGGUGUUGAGGGUGGCAAAGGAGAAAAAGGUGAACCGGCCGCAUAUCCCGAUAACUACUUGAAAGGACAAAAGGGAGAGCAAGGAUAUGACGGAAUACCAGGUUCAAUCGGAUUGAGUGGUGAGGCAGGACCAAGAGGACCACCCGGAAAUGAUGGACCACGCGGUUAUACAGGACCAAAAGGUGAUACCGGUCCAAAAGGGACACCAGGCUUAUCAUGUGUACACAAUACUGGCCCAAUAGGACCAGUAGGCGAAAAGGGUGAUAAAGGAGAACGAGGAGUAUCUGGAGUUCAUUCAUCAUUAGGAGUACGAGAAUCCACAACAGUUGGUCCAAGAGGCGAACGUGGUGACAUCGGUGAAAAAGGUGACAUUGGUCUUAAAGGUGAUGCCGGUGAAUAUGGAGAAAAAGGAUCGGUUGGUGAUCUUGGUUACAAAGGAGAAAAAGGUCUUCCUGGUCAACCCGGUCCAAGAGGUCGUGAUGGAAACUAUGGACCACCAGGUUUACCCGGCCAAAAAGGAGAUCGUGGUAUCGAAGGUUUGAGAGGAUUGGAUGGAAAACCAGGUUUAAAGGGAGAGCCCGGAAGAUCAGGUUUCCCUGGAUCUUCCGGAUUACCAGGACCACCAGGUCCACCGGGUGGUGGUAAAGGAACCCCAGGUGCACCAGGACCACAAGGACCGCGUGGUUAUCGCGGCUUGCCCGGUCCGAAAGGAUUAGAUGGUUUUCCUGGCGAAAAAGGAGAACGAGGUGCUCCCGGAAAUAAAGGAGGUCUCGGUAUUCCAGGACGUCCCGGUGCAGAAGGAUUCCCCGGUGAUAAAGGAGACAAAGGAAAUAGUGGAGCUAUUGGUCUUCCAGGACCAAUAGGUCCUCGAGGCGCAACCGGUGCUCCAGGUCCAGAAGGUCAAAGAGGAGAGCAAGGAACACCAGGAUUUGGUAUACCAGGUGAAAGAGGAGAUGACGGUAUUCCAGGAUAUCCAGGUUUGAAAGGACAAAAAGGAGAACGUGGUUUUAAAGGAAAUGCUGGAGUUCCAGGUGACUCAAGAGAUGGUAGACCAGGUGUUCCCGGACGGCCAGGUAUAACUGGAGAGAAGGGAGAAGCAGGACGUCCAGGAUUGCCGGGCUCAAAAGGAGACUUAGGAGAAAAAGGUGACAUUGGUGGACGUUGUUCUGAUUGCAGACCUGGAUUCAAAGGCGAUAAAGGUGAACGGGGAUUUGAUGGUAUUCCCGGAGCUACAGGACCCCCUGGAGUUCACGGCGAAAGAGGCUAUCCUGGUGAAGUCGGAGCUGAUGGCUUGCCUGGAUUACAAGGAGUUCCUGGUGCACCUGGUCUUGACGGUACUCCUGGUAGACCAGGUCCUGAAGGACCACGAGGUGAAGACGCUAUUCUGUCCUGGGACUUAUUGAAAACUGAAAAAGGAGACAAAGGUGAACGUGGACCAAUGGGACGUGUUGGACCAAAAGGAAAUGAUGGAGCAAGAGGACCGAGCGGAUUUCCAGGCAUCGCAGGUUUCCCUGGCACAAAAGGUGAUCAAGGUCGUCCUGGUGCACCAGGCUUGGAUGGAGCUCCUGGUCGUUCAGGCAUUCCGGGGAUUCCUGGCGAAAAAGGAUUCAGCACUAAAGGUGAACCCGGUUGGAGUGGUUUACCCGGUGACAAAGGAGACAGAGGAGAAAGAGGACGUGAUGGUGCCAAAGGAGAUCCUGCUCACUGUCCACAAAAUCUAAAGGAAGGAUUCAAAGGACUCAAAGGAGAUAAAGGAGCAAAAGGAGAAGCUGGCUCACAAGGUGUUGAAGGUGAGCGCGGUGAAUACGGUGACACUGGCGUACCUGGACAGAAAGGAGAAUUGGGAUCACCCGGUUUGCCAGGCCCAGUUGGACCAAGAGGUUUGCAAGGACAACGAGGAGAAAAAGGAAAUGAGGGACCAAUUGGUUUCCCCGGAACACCUGGAAAAGAUGGUUUGAGAGGUAUACCAGGACGUCCAGGAGAUAAAGGAUUUAAAGGUGAACAAGGUCUUUCAAUGGUUGGACCAAUGGGACCAAAAGGUAGCAUUGGUUUCCGUGGAGCUAAGGGCGAACGUGGUAUUCCAGGCGAAAGAGGUUUAGAUGGUCUACCAGGAGAAGUUGGAUAUCCCGGUGCUAAAGGAGACACAGGAUUGUCUGGAGCGCCAGGAUUGCCAGGCUACUCUGGUCAAAAAGGUGACACUGGACCAAAAGGACCUCAAGGUAUGUCGGGACCGCCUGGCAGACCCGGUAUUGAUGGAAUAAGAGGACAACCUGGAUUGAAAGGAGAGCCCGGUGACCUCGGUAUAAUUGGUAUGCCAGGCAAAAAAGGUGAUCGCGGUUUUCCUGGACCUGAUUGCGUUAAAGGUAUUCAAGGUCCAAAAGGAGUGCCUGGCUUGAGAGGUGAACCAGGUAUGCAAGGUUUUCAAGGAUUAAAAGGACAAAAGGGAGAACUUGGAUUGCCCGGCCCAGAUGGACCACAAGGUCUUCAAGGACCACCGGGUUUGAUUGGCCCAGUUGGUUUGAAAGGAAAUCAUGGACCCAUCGGCUUCCCCGGAUUAGAUGGCAUUCCCGGACGAGAUGGUGAAAAGGGAGAUAGUGGUUUUCCAGGUCCUAUCGGUCCAAAAGGAGAACCUGGAAGCGUUUCAGAAAAAGGUCAAAAAGGAGAGCACGGAGUACCUGGAUUAAGAGGCGAAGAUGGUCUUGAUGGAUUACCAGGUCCAAUUGGAGAAAAAGGAGACGCCGGUAUACCCGGAUAUGGUAGAGCAGGUCCAGUUGGUCAAAAGGGAGAACCAGGGGUCGAUGGAAAAGACGGUGCACCAGGCUUGCAAGGAAUUAAAGGUGAUCGCGGUCCAAUUGGAUUGAGAGGUUUGAAGGGAGACAAAGGAGCUCUUGGUCGGCCCGGCAUUCCCGGCUCACCAGGUAUGGAUGGAUUACAAGGUGAAAUCGGUCCACAAGGUCCAAGAGGUUACGAUGGAUUGCCCGGAAUGAAAGGAGAUCGAGGAUCGCCUGGUUAUGAAGGACUUAAGGGUGACAAAGGAGACCAAGGAAGAACAGGUCUAAGAGGUUUGUCCGGUUUGAAGGGAGAUCGCGGUUUACCGGGAUCGCCAGGAGAAGUCGGACAAUUGGUUCAGAUCAAGGGUAUUCAAGGACAAAAAGGAGAACAAGGUUUAACUGGCUUAACAGGUUUGAAUGGAGAAAAAGGUGAUCGUGGUGCACCAGGGUUCGAUGGAUUGCAAGGAGAAAGAGGGGAACCAGGUCCACCGGGUCCUCGUGGUUUAGAUGGUUUCCCAGGUCAAAAAGGAGAUCGUGGACUACCUGGCGAUGUAGGUGAAAUUGGACCAGUCGUGAAAGGAGAAAAAGGUUUGCCUGGUUUGCAUGGAAAACAUGGCCGCGAAGGACCAAUUGGUUUGUCAGGACCAAAAGGUGAUAAAGGAUUAUCGGGAUUGCCUGGACCACAAGGUCUUAGAGGUCUUCCGGGCCCAAUUGGAUUAAGAGGAGAAAAGGGAGAUCGUGGUUUGUCUGGAGCACCAGGUUCAAAUGGAUUUGAUGGUCGACCGGGAGCACCGGGCCCAGUUGGUGAACGCGGUUUUACUGGAGAAAAAGGAGACAUUGGUUUCCCUGGACUGCCUGGUCAACCCGGUGAGAAAGGAGAUAGAGGACAUCCGGGCGCACCUGGAUUGGGUGGACUCCCUGGUAGUAAAGGAGAUAUUGGUUUACCGGGAGUCGAGGGACGAGUUGGAGAUCAAGGUUUUCCUGGAGAAAAAGGUUUGCCAGGCCCAAGAGGUCGUGAUGGUCGUGAUGGUUUACUUGGUUUUAAAGGAGACAAAGGAGAACCUGGAUUGAUUUCACCACCUGGUCCACCGGGCACUCCGGGAUUAAAUGGAAGAGAUGGACAAAAGGGAGACCGCGGAUUUCCAGGCCAAAAAGGAGACGAGGGACCAAUUGGUAUUCGUGGUGAGCCCGGAUUGCCAGGCUUGCAAGGACCACGAGGACCGCCCGGAGCACCAGGCUUCAGAGGUGAAAUUGGUUUGGUUGGAGCACCAGGUUUUGAUGGACGCCCAGGAUCGAUUGGACCCAAAGGGGAUGCCGGUCGCGAUUGUUCACACUCACCAGAUUACUAUAGUGGUAUUUUAUUGGUUAAGCACAGUCAAAGCACCGAAGUUCCACGCUGUGAUGAUGGACAAACUCAAUUAUGGGACGGUUAUUCAUUGUUAUAUGUUGAUGGCAAUGAUUAUGCACACAAUCAAGAUUUAGGAUCGCCUGGUUCAUGUGUACGACGAUUCUCAACAUUGCCCGCAUUAUCAUGUGGUGUAAACAAUGUAUGUAAUUAUGCAUCACGUAAUGAUCGAUCAUUCUGGUUGUCAACUACAGCACCAAUUCCAAUGAUGCCAGUCAUCGAACAAGAAAUGGAAAAAUACAUUUCACGUUGUGUUGUUUGCGAAAUUCCACAAAAUGUCAUCACACUUCACAGUCAAACGAUUCAAGUUCCAGACUGUCCAUACGGUUGGGAAGGCCUAUGGCAAGGUUACAGUUUCCUUAUGCACACUGCCGUUGCAAAUGGUGGUGGUGGUCAAGCGCUAUCAGGAACUGGAUCAUGUCUGCAAGAUUUCCGUACCAAUCCGUUCAUCGAAUGUAACGGUGGAAAGGGACAUUGUCAUUUCUAUGAAACAAUGACCAGUUUCUGGUUGGUUACACUAGACUCAACUGCACAAUUUACAAAGCCAUUGCAAGAAACUAUCAAAUCUGGUAGCUUCUAUUCCAGAUUGUCCAGAUGUCAAGUCUGCAUAAAGAAAUAGAAAAUGCGGCUUUUAAAUUUGAAGAAAAAACGAAAUUUAUUUUAGAAAUUCAACUUUUUUUGUUGUUGUUUUAUACGAUUAAAACAAUCUACCUACAGAAUGAGCCAAAAAUUAAACAGUUUUCUAUAAAAUAGAUGUCGUAUUUCCAAUUUUUCCCCCCGCUUAUGAAAUAAAAGAAGAACGAAAUGUUUGUCAAUGUAAAAUUUAUUUGAUUAGCAAUAUAGAAUAGAGAAAUGAACAAAGAGUUGAAAAUGAAAAUCAUUCAGCUCUAAAUAGCUCAAAAGUACCCAACUAACACACACACACACACACAUACACACACUUUAUAUAUA